AUCAAUCCACUUGUCCCUUCCUCUCGGAUGGGCUCUGUCUCAAGAUGGCGAGCGUAGUGAGAGCGACUGCUGGCUUACUCAAGGGUUUUAAACCCUCUUUCCUUGCAAAUAAACUUCAGAAUGAUUCCGUUAAUGCAUUAUCAGCUUUAUCUACGAAUAGCCAGCAGCGCCGAUGGGCAGCAACUCAGCCCAAAGCAAAAUCUGCAGGUGCUCAAGGGAAGGUAGUGGCGGUAAUCGGAGCCGUUGUGGAUGUACAGUUUGAAGACAGUCUGCCCCCCAUCCUCAAUGCCCUGGAAGUGCAGAACAGAACACCAAGGCUGGUGUUGGAGGUGGCACAGCAUCUUGGUGAGAACACAGUACGAACAAUUGCCAUGGAUGGUACUGAGGGUCUUGUGAGAGGCCAGGCUGUGCUGGACUCAGGUUCCCCCAUUCGUAUUCCUGUAGGUGCAGAAACCUUGGGCCGAAUUAUCAAUGUCAUUGGAGAACCCAUUGAUGAAAGGGGGCCCAUAAGCACUGACAAGUAUGCUGCCAUCCAUGCUGAUGCCCCUGAAUUUGUGGACAUGAGUGUGGAACAAGAGAUUCUGGUUACUGGCAUCAAAGUGGUGGACCUACUUGCUCCAUAUGCAAAGGGUGGAAAGAUUGGACUUUUUGGUGGUGCUGGUGUAGGCAAAACUGUAUUGAUUAUGGAGCUGAUCAAUAAUGUUGCCAAGGCCCAUGGUGGUUACUCAGUGUUUGCCGGUGUUGGUGAACGAACGCGUGAGGGUAAUGACUUGUAUCAUGAAAUGAUUGAGUCUGGUGUCAUCUCACUGAAGGACAAGACCUCAAAGGUAGCGCUGGUGUAUGGGCAGAUGAAUGAACCACCUGGUGCCCGUGCUAGAGUUGCGCUGACUGGACUGACUGUGGCAGAAUACUUCAGAGACCAGGAGGGACAGGAUGUCCUGCUUUUCAUUGACAACAUCUUCAGAUUCACCCAGGCUGGGUCAGAGGUAUCUGCCCUGUUGGGUCGUAUCCCCUCUGCUGUAGGUUACCAGCCCACACUGGCCACUGACAUGGGUACCAUGCAGGAAAGAAUCACGACCACAAAGAAGGGGUCAAUUACAUCAGUACAGGCCAUCUAUGUGCCAGCUGAUGAUUUGACUGACCCAGCUCCUGCCACCACAUUUGCUCACUUGGACGCCACGACUGUAUUGUCGCGUGCUAUUGCUGAGCUGGGUAUCUAUCCUGCUGUGGAUCCCUUGGACUCCACCUCCCGAAUUAUGGACCCUAACAUCAUUGGGCAGGAGCACUACAAUGUUGCUCGAGGAGUACAAAAGAUAUUGCAGGACUACAAAUCUCUGCAAGAUAUCAUUGCUAUCCUGGGUAUGGAUGAGUUGUCUGAGGAGGAUAAACUGACUGUGGCCCGAGCCAGGAAAAUCCAGAGGUUCCUAUCGCAACCUUUCCAAGUGGCUGAGGUCUUCACUGGCCAUGCAGGAAAACUGGUCCCUCUUGAGGAAACCAUCAAGGGUUUCAAGCAGAUCUUGAAUGGUGAAUAUGACCACUUACCUGAGGUAGCAUUCUAUAUGGUGGGGCCCAUCGAAGAGGUUGUUCAGAAGGCUGAGAAGCUUGCAGAAUCGUCGUAGUUAAAUAGUGAUUCGUGAUGUGUAAGAAGAAUCGAACAACUGUGGAUUGUCCAGUUUGUGACUAUCUGAUUUUUUUAUGUAAUGUGUCCAUUACCCUGUUGUGAUGCAUCACUCCAUGCUGCUGUUAGAAGUAAUUUCAGUGCAUUUUGGCUAGUCAGCUGAAGAAGAAAAAUUCCGGUUUGCCCAUUUUGUAGUCUGUGUAUGUAUAUAUUUAUGUUGUAAACAUUGAUGAAAAAGACUAUAAAAUGGCAUGGUUCAGUAUUUGUACUUGUUGAACAUUAGAGCUGUUUUCAUAGAAUAACUGUAUCAGUUAAUAAAUAACUUCCUUAAAA